UUCGUUUUAUAGAAAAUGACAAUAUAGAAAGUUCAGUCAAAUAAAAAUAUGUUAAAGGGAAGUGAAAAAGAGAUCCUUAGAAUUACCUUCGUGAGGUAACUCUAAGUUCCAAAGUUAUUACAGAUGUUUCUGUAAAUUUGCGUUCCUACAAGUUAUAAUCAUUGGGUGAUUAACUAGUAAAAUGAUAUUCUACGUUAUGUUAUUGUGUUUACAAACUUGCCACUGCGUAACUGUAAUAAGAGGUAAACUAUUUGAUACUGCGAAAGAAGGAACAACAUGUACAAAUACGUGUACUUGUCCAAGUCCUACUGCAACUUUUCUUAACUUACCAGGUGAUGGAAAAUGUAUAGGUGCCAAUGAAACAGGGUGUUCCUUAAGUGUGGACGGAUACACAACUGAUGUACCUUUAAUAACACAAAGCAUGCUCAACAAAACAGAGUUUCAAAUUACUAAAGAUGGUGGAAAUCUUUGUCCAAAUAUGCUGGGUACACAUGAAGCAUCAAGUGUAAGAAUGUUAGCACUGACAGAUCAAUGGGAAGUUGUUCCUACAUUUAUGUCAAAUUCAAUAAUAUAUAGUAUACCUAAUGUCGAGGAGGUGAAGGUAAUGUUUCAUGCAGUAUGGUCUGGAUUGCUGAUAAAACUUGAAGUCAAGUGUAAAGCAAGCAAUGGAAAGGAAUACACACCACGUGAAAAUUGCGUUCUUUUCAAAUAUGAAGGUACAGCAACGUAUCCUUUAGAUCUAUUAUCGUUUACGCCUGUAUCUUCAACAACACCAGAACCGACAGUAUCAACGACAACAGCAACUACCCAGCAAAAACUAUCGACAAUAGUUUCUAAAAGCAAUACAAACGCUACACCUGCAAAUUCUACUCCCGUAACUUCUUUUUCUACAAAUAACAAUGAAACCUCAAUACCUUUAAGUCCAACAACAGGUACAAGUAAAGACCACAACAAAAAUAGAGACAUCGCCAUGGCAGCAGGAAUUGCAGUGACUGAAAUCAAGCAGAAAAGUAGCUUAUAUCAAAUCAAAUAUUGAAGAAAAUAUUUAUGACAAAGUCAACAAGAAAGAAGAAGACGAAAAGAAAGGCGAAAACGAAGUAAUUGAGUUUCCAAAUACAAACUAUGGUAAUAGGAUAAAUCUAUACGCAAAAGUGAGAGAUGAUAGCGACGAACAAAAAAUACAAAAACAAGACAGUCAUUAUUACAACACAAACGAUAUAAACAAAAAUUCUAACUAUUAUAACGUUUUUGGUGAAAAAGAAGCGUCACAUGUUGACAAUAAGUCAGUAAAUGCGACGAAUGUGAACGAAUAUGACCAAAUAUGGAGUAAUAACGACGGAGAUGAAAAGAAAGUCGAAAACGGCAAAAGUGGCCAUGGUAAAGGUAAAAGUUGUCGAGAUGAUGUUGAUGUUGAGGAAAACGCAUAUACCGUUGCAGGAGGAUUUAGUCAUAACAUUUAAAGUUUUUUAAAGUGUUAAUAAUAUACUAGCCGGGGGGACCCUGCGUCAACACACCGGGUUAAAUCACAAGUAACUGUGCCACCUGUUUAUGAACGCUUUGUGGAGCGCCUAAUAAGAGCCGCAAACUGUGUCACACAUUUAAGUGGAGUUUUUUUCAAGUAUGCACAAGUAGGUAGUAUGUUGUAAAUUGAGUAAAGUGCACAUAAUGCUGUAAUAUAUUGUUCAAAAAAUAAAAAUACAAUUUCCAGUCCGUUGUUACCCCGUUAAACAAAAACAAUCAGUCAAUAUUAUUUUAUUUGGUGAAAUAAGUUU